AUGGCUGAAGGGGAGCCUUUGAAGUUGAUGGACCGGUGGAGUGACACCCUCAACUUUGCUCUGCCCAAGAGCGGAAGCAUCCACCUGCAUGGGGGUGGACAUGGCCUAUGUCCAGAAGAUGACAAAUUUGUACAGUUUCGAAGAAAUUUUGUGGAGUGUGGCCGUCGAGCACUGCCCUGGGCUUCCGCACUCUUUGGAAGGGUGAACGUUUUGAUUAUCAGCUGUGGAUGGAAGGCCGACGAUCUCUGGAAAGAGCUGGGGCAUGUGACCGAAGUCUCUCUUCAAAGCAGAGCAGAAGCUGACUCAGCCCGGAUCUGCAGCCUCAUCGAUGCUGCUCAGUGCGUGUGGUUCACAGGUGGCGACCAGAGCCGCCUCCGUGGCGCCCUGCGGGGCACGCGCAUGGCGGCGGCGCUGCAGCGGCUGCUGCAGCGGCAGGGCGCCGUGGGCGGGGCGGCGGCCGGGGCCUCGUUGUUGUGUGCACUGUGUCCAAAUUUCGAUGAGAUCAUGGAAGGUUUGGAUCUCCUUCAAGGUUUGGUCCUGUCGCAUUUGCUGCGCCGAGAUCGGCAAGAUCGGCUGGCAGCCAUAGCGGACUGCUUUCGUGGCAUGUGGUGUUGGGGCUUGGAUGAAGCUGCUGGGAUGGUGCUCAGCAACAAGAAAGUGCACGUGAGUUGUAGGUCUCCAGUCUUGGCCUUGCGCCAUGGAUCUGACGGAUGCAUGGCGUGUCUUCUACCUCCUGGCUUUCAAGGAGGGCUAAAGGAGGUAGAGGAGCAGAUGUGUGACUUGCACACCAUCAAUUGGCAUCCUGAAGAAGGAGUGGCACGAGGCACAGAGAUAUGGAGUGUCCAGUGGGCUGCCCAGAAGGCGGCCGCCGAUGGACCAAUCCAAGGGGUACAGACCAAUGCCAGCUUCGAGGAGGUGCAACGUCAUCAGUUCUUGUCUUGGAAGCUGCCGGAGGAUAGCGAGGAGACGCACUCGGCGCUGUUUUUCGGUAGUCACUGUCACCUCUCUAUUUGCUUUGACCUGGAAGACCUCCCCCUGCUUUGCUGUUUGCUGCUGGUGCAGUGCGUUGGCGAAGGGGAUCGCGUGGAGAUCAAGUUGAACGACCACCUGCUGGGUCCCUUUGAUCCGCCAUGGCUGCCAUACAAAUUUCUGGCCAAAGCCUUCAGCAUUCCCAUGGGAACGCUGCGCCUGGGGAGCAACACUCUGCGCUUGGCCACAGCUGAUGUGAAAUCUCGCUACUGCUUACUUUCAGCCAGCUUAUCAGACAGCAUGAUGGAGCCUGACAGUUGGUUGGAAUCAAAUUUGCCUGCAACGAAGAUGCGGAGGAGGAGAUUCCGAGAUUUGCAUGUCUUCCACCGAAGUGUUGUCAUUAGAGUUGGUUCGUAG